GUAUUUAGAGUAAAAAUGUUUUGGUUACUCAUUGGUUUGUUGUUAGCAAUAUUUUGUUGGUUCAACUAUAAAAAAUUGAAUUAUUGGGCUGACAAAGGUGUUAAACAAAAAAAAGUGUUUCUGUUGUAUGAGUUAUUUAAAGUGAUUUAUAUGAAAAAACCAUUUGCAGAAUUUAUACAAGAUAGUUACAAUGAAUUUCCAAACUCAAGAUAUAGCGGUGGUUUUCAAUUCUACAGACCUGUAUUAGUGCUGAGAGAUUCUGAGUUGAUAAAGCAGAUAACUGUGAAAGAUUUCGAUCAUUUUACUGAUCACAUGAACUUUAUUCCGGAAGGUACUGAGCCCCUAUGGACAAGUAAUUUAUUUGCUUUGAAAGGUGAUAAAUGGCGAGAUAUGAGAGCUACUCUUAGUCCGGCAUUUACUGGUAGUAAAAUGCGAGCUAUGUUUGUACUAAUGUCAGAAUGUGCUCAAGAAGUUUCCAAACACUUUGAGAAUCAUCCAGAGGAAAGCAAAUCCAUUGAGAUGAAGGAUUUAUUCACGAGGUACACUAACGACGUUAUAGCAACUUGUGCCUUUGGAGUAACAUGCAAUUCAAUUAAACACAGGAAUAAUGAGUUUUAUUUGAUGGGAAAGUUGGCGACGAAUUUCAUGGGUUUUUGGAAGAAUCUGAAAUUGAUAUUGUACAUAAUGAUGCCUAAAUUAUUCAAAGUAAUUGGAAUUUCGUUCUUUGACAAGAAAGUGUCGACGUUCUUCCGUCGUAUCGUUAAGGAUACCAUUAAAAUGCGAGAAGAAAAUAAUAUUACACGACCGGACAUGAUUCAUUUGUUAAUGGAAGCUAGGAAAGGGAGAUUUAAUUACGAAGAGACUUCAGCAGUACAAGAGACUGGCUUUGCUACAGUAGAAGAAUCAGAAGUUGGAAUGAACGCGAAGAAACAGAAAGAUGCAAUCACAGAUGAUGACAUAACGGCUCAAGCGUUAAUUUUCUUCUUUGCCGGAUUUGAAUCUGUUGCCACAUUAAUGGUCCUAAUGGCUUACGAAUUGGCUCUCAAUCCAGAUAUUCAAGACAGAUUGCAAAAAGAAAUUGAUUCAGUUCUCGAAGUAUAUGAUGGAAAUAUAACAUAUGAAGCGAUUAACAAAAUGAAAUAUUUAGAUAUGGUUACUUCUGAGACUUUGAGGAAAUGGCCUAUAGCUAUAGGUAUGGAUCGUGUAUGUGUGAAGCCUUAUACAAUCCAAGCAGUUUUAUCAGACGAAAAACCAGUAACUCUAAAAGUGGGAGACGUUAUUUCGGUACCAGUUUAUGGGAUCCACAGAGAUCCAAAAUAUUAUCCAAAUCCUGAAAAGUUUGAUCCCGAACGAUUCAACGAUGAAAAUAAAAUGAACAUUCAAUCAUAUAUGUAUCUGCCCUUUGGGUCUGGGCCAAGAAACUGCAUUGGUUCAAGAUUUGCUUUGUUAGAAACGAAAGUAGUUUUAGUUUCUUUGCUUACAAAAUUUAACAUUGUUGUGACUGAAAAAUCGGAGAUACCUUUAAAAUUAUCCAAGACUGGUUUCAAUUUCAAUUCUAAAAACGGAUUUUGGUUUGGUUUAAAACGUAGGGCAUAGUUCAUAGGUAAUGUAAAUCUUUUUUUUUUACGUAACUACCAUUAUAAAAUGUUUAUUAUUAGCUAAUAUACAUUGAUGAAAACAGUUAUAAGUUGUAAAAUUAAAAUUAUAGUUGUUAUAAAAA